AUGGUAGUAAUAGGGGUAAAAGCCUCCAUCGCUGCUUCUGUUGUCGCUCGUUGCCUCGCAACUGCGCCCUCCCCUGCUCACCGUCGUUACCAUCUCCUCCCCUGUGAAGCCACCGGCCGGAGACAAGGCGCACCCGACAGCAACACCGGAGACCUUCGACCCAGAAAGUACACAAUGGAUCAAAACUCGUUUACUUGGACAAUGCUGCCACCUCACAGAAGCCUUCUGCUGUAAUAGAUGCUGUAAACAACUAUUAUAGAUCAUACAACUCUAAUCAUUUUGACACCCUAUAGACAUCUUUAUCAAAAGUUUUAAUCAUAUUUUUCAAAAAAAAAAAUGUAAUUUUAACCAAUAAAAAUACCUUAAAAGUUAUAUAGUGUGUCUAAAUGGUAAAAUGGGGUGUCCAUUUAGUCAACCCCUUUAACCUUACUUACGCU